UACACAAUGGGGAAGUUAAGAGCCUUUUACAUUGAACUUGAAAACCCCAUAGGUACUAAUGUGAUGCACACGUAUAUCAUCUACGGAAAGUCUACAAUGGGAAAAUUAAGAGCCUUCUACAUUGAGCUUGAAAACCCCCAGGGAGUGAUCUUUGCAGGACAAAUCUUAAAUGGGAGGGUUGUUGUGGAACUGGGUGCAGAGAUGAAAAUGAGAGAAAUAAGGUUGACAUUCAAAGGCCUGGCUUAUGUACAUUGGACGGAGUCCCACACAACUGGCACAGGAAGUAAUAGCAGUACGGAAACUAGACAUUACAGUGCGACUGAAAAAUACUUCAACCAGUGUGUACCUGUCUUUGGAAGAGGUAUGGGGAAGGGUGGUGGUAACCGUCUACCUCCUGGCCAUCACGUCUAUCCAUUUUCCUUCCAACUUCCCCCCAAUCUACCCUCGUCAUUUGAAGGCGGUGUUGGAUAUGUACGGUACACUAUCAAAGGAACCAUUGACAAGCCGUGGAAGUUUGAUCAUACUACGAAGAGACCGUUCACUGUCAUUGCAUUGUUAGACUUGAACAUACAGCCUAACGCAGCGAGUGGGACCCAUAACCAGCAGCAUAGGUUCCUGUGUUGUCUGUGCUGUAGGUCAGGACCGAUAACAGGGAUGUUAAGACUGGACAGAGUGGGGUACGUCCCUGGUGAAGCAAUAACCUUCCAGGCAGAAAUCCAGAACAUGACCAGCAGAGUAUGUGGUACUCGUGUUAAGCUGUCUAUGACCACGAUAUUUCAUGCUACUACCAAAUCAAAAACAAAAACCAAAGAAAUUACAAGAGUAAAUCAUCCAGAUAUUCAACCAGGGGAAACAGAAAACUGGUCUGGGGACCGGCUCGUUAUCCCGCCACUACCGCCAUCCUUUCUGGUGGGAUGCAGAAUUAUUGAUAUAAUUACUUUAAUUGUUCAUCCGUCUGCUCCUCCGAGAGACCUCCAUGUGCCUUUGUUGAUCAUCAUUGGAACAAUACCUCUCCAGUCUGUUGUUCAACAGUACCAAACGCAAUAUGGUGUUUCAGCCACUGGACCACCCGCCUUACCUCCUCCCUACAGACCUGAGCCGUCAGCACCGCCUAUGGGUGGAGCUGUGCCAAUGACGAAUUUACAAAAAUACACAAUGGGGAAGUUAAGAGCGUUCUACAUUGAACUUGAAAACCCCCAGGGGGUAUUCUUUGCGGGACAAAUCAUAAAUGGAAGGCUGGUUCUGGAAUUAGACGCAGAAAUGAAGAUGAGAGAAGUAAGACUGACGUUUAAGGGAUUGGCUUAUGUGCACUGGUCAGAAAGACAUAGAACCGGAAGUGGAAAACACAGACGUACCACAACUAGACAUUACAGCGCCACAGAGAACUACUUCCACCAAAUUGUUCCCGUGUUUGGGAGAGGUAUGGGGAUGGGUGAUGAUAACCGUCUGCCCCCUGGCCAGCACGUCUAUCCAUUUUCCUUCCAACUUCCCCCCAACCUGCCCUCGUCAUUUGAAGGCGGUGUUGGAUAUGUACGGUACACUAUCAAAGGAACCAUUGACAAGCCGUGGAAGUUUGAUCAUACUACGAAGAGACCGUUCACUGUCAUUGCAUUGUUAGACUUGAACACACAACCCAACGCACAAAGUGGGACCCAAAACCAGCAGAAUAAGUUCCUAUGUUGUCUGUGCUGUAAGUCAGGACCGAUAGCAGGUAUGUUAAGACUGGACAGAGUGGGAUACGUCCCUGGUGAAGCAAUAACCUUCCAAGCGGAAAUCCAGAACAUGACCAGCAGAGUUUGCGGUACUUAUGUCAAACUUCAUAUGACCACAAUUUUCCAUGCUACAUCAAAAUCAAAGACAGUUUCUGCAGAAAUCAGUAGAAUUGGCCAUCAAGAUAUUCACCCGGGGGAGACAGAAAACUGGUCUGGGGACCGGCUUGUUAUCCCGCCACUACCGCCAUCCUACCUGGUGGGAUGCAGCAUCAUUGAUAUUAAUUACUACUUGGAGUUAAUUGUCGAUCCGUCUGGUCCCGCCUUAGACCUCCACGUGCCUUUGUUGAUCAUCAUUGGAACAAUACCUCUCCAAUCUGUUGUUCAACAGUACCAAACGCAAUAUGGUGUUUCAGCCACUGGACCACCCGCCUUACCUCCUCCCUCCGGGCCUGAGCCGUCAGCACCGCCUAUGGGUGGAGCUUCGCCAAUGUCGAAUUUACCGCCACCUAGCUACAAUGAGUGUGUUUUCGGUAAAACCAACAUCCGGGAAGAGGACGACUCUGAACAUACUCGGGGAGAGAUGGACUACGCCCCUGCCUAUACGUAUUAUGAUUGGUCAAAACAAUCACAGUUCAAGUGACUGAUAUUAAGAAUUGUAUUAUUUCUUACAGGACACAUGGGCAUUAUAAUGACUACAUUACCGUGCAUACUUCAUACUCAUACUGUACAGUUGUUUAGAGUACAAUAAUCGAUCCGUUUGCUUGCCUUAUCAGCAUUUGGGUAUUUAAAAGAAUAUAACAAAGCAUAUGAAAUCACUUCAAACCAAUUGCAACUGUGGAAAUUCAAAAUACAUGUAUAUAACAGUGUGACAUUUAACUCUGGACACGACAAAAGUCCGGAGUUUCGCCAACCCUUUUAUUAAGGAUACAAAUAAACCCUUUACAAAAAAAGAUGGGAUUUUAUGUCCACAAGACAUGCACCAACAUUUACACUUGUAACUAUUGUAGUUUUUAAGAUAUUUCACCUGAAAUCAAAAAAUCCCAUGGGAUUUUGGAGGGAUUUUUAAUCCCACUUGGGGGAUUUUCACUCCCACCAAAAAUCCCAUGGGAGAAAAAAUAUAAUUUCUCCCAUAGGAUUUUAACUCCCACAUUUAAAUUCAAAAUGGGAUACAAUGUCCCAUAGGAGGAAAUGUCCCAUAAUGAACAUGAAAUGGCAGUGAAUAUCCUAUUUGAGCAUGAAUGGGAAUAAAUAUCCCAAAUAAAACACAGGGUGGGGACUUUUAUCCCAUGAAUAUAGUAAUAAAGCAGAAAAUUGUAUCUUAAA